CUUAGCAGUGACUAUCUGUUGAUGUCCCCCAGAACAUCACGGUACAUUAUGCAGAACAUACAGGACCAGUGACAGUGGAAUGGGACAUUGCCAAGACAGAUGGGUCCCUACUCUUUUAACACAACUUCCGAUGAAGGGACCAUUGAACAUGUGUUUACUGUUCCUGGUACAUAUACUGUAAGUGCGGAGGUCUCCAACCUUAUCAGUUCACGCAGAGAAACCAAGGAAGUCACGGUGCAAGUCCCAAUAUCUGGUCUUACACUGGCAACUGACAAAGGCAGAUAUAUUAGAACUGGUGAGUCUGUGGUAACCACAGCAACAGUUGCCACGGGAACUGGAGUUCAGUUCUCUUGGGAUGUCUCUAACGGAAGGCAACCAAGUGUCCAGUCUACUGCAAACACCUCUUCUGCCAGCAACGUUUUUGAACUGCCUGGUACUGUGAAUGUUACAGUGACAGUUAGUAAUCUGUUGACAAGUCCAGUCACAGAUAAACUGCAGUUUCACGUACAGGAGCCAGUUCUAGCUGUGCAACUUGCUGUGACCACGCCAGUAGUGCUAGGCAACAGCACAGGCAUUGUUGCAAAUGUGGAGGGAGGAGGAACGUCUGCAAAAUGCCACUUUGACGUGGGAAGCAGUUCUUACAACGUGACACUGAGUGUAGGAAGAUGUGAGGUCCAACACCAGUUUACAACUGCUGGGUUGCACAGUGUGGUGGUGACAGUGUAUAAUGAUGUGUCUACUGUGAGGGAGCAGGUGGACGUGGAAGUGCAGGAAAGCAUUUCAGGGGUGGAGGUGGAGAUGUUGGGGGUGUCAGUGGUGGGAGAGAGCAGCCUGUUUGUGGUGAAAGAACAAGAGUGCGACCAUGGACAUCCAGUCACGGACAGAAGCCGUCGAGCCCUACAUACAACACAGUGGAGCAUCAGCAGUGGGGCAGGCUGUUGACUUCACUGUUGUGUUUCCCUCUGGGUGGACACUGACUGCUGCAUCCAUGACUGUUGGGUAUGGGGAUAACAUGGAGGAAACUCACAACAUUCCAACUGGGAGGCAAUACAGGUGGAACCAUGCAUACACAAGUGCUGGCCUGUUCCAGCUUGUUGUAAACCUGACUGUGAAUGGAGACCGUGCCCAGCUCUUCAGCUAUGUUUCUGUCCAGGAGCCAAUCAGAAACCUGCAUGUGGAGGGCCCACAGCAUGUCAAACUACUAAGCCCCCCCAGCUCCCAGACAUGGCGUGCAGUUUCUGACUCUGGUACAGCUGUGGUUUAUCGCUGGAUACUGGACGAUAACACUACCGUCCUCACAGCCAUGGACAGGGUAUCGCACACUUAUAGCACCAGUGCCACGUAUCCCUUGGAGCUCUUUGCAUCAAACGGAAUUGAUUCGCAGCAAGCUGUCUCGACUGUUGUUGUACAACACCCAAUAACACAGGUGGACAUCAGUGUGAACCCAGUACUACAGGGUGAAGAGUGUGACAUACUGAUAUCUGUGACUGGUGGGAGAGAGUUUUCCUUUGACGUUGACUUUGCCGAUGGGACCAGACAAAUCUUUUCAUCUGUCCACGAGAGUGACAUUCUUGCAGUCUCCUCUGUUUCAAGAAGAAACAAUGACAUUCCAACGUACACCUUUUCUGUAAAUCAUACGUAUCCCAAUGUUGGAGAGUACCUUAUAUCAGUCAAUGCCUCGAAUCAUGUGACCUGGCUCAGCCAAUCAGGAUCUGCUGUGGUAGUUGAGCCAAUCGCUGGGCUGCAGUUGAUUGUACAAGAUGGACAGACGACGGUAACCACAGGUACUUCCAUUGUCUUCGCAGCAACAGUGGAGACAGGGUCGGACUUGACAUUUACCUGGAUGUACAAAAGAGCAAGCAGUCCAUUCCCAUCUCCUAUCUUCAGUGUACAAAGUACUGGAAACAGCAGCACAGCCACCCAGUACUUCAACAGUCCAGGGACCUAUACCGUUACAGUCAAUGUGAACACACGUGUCCCUGUGUACAGCCCUCCCAUGAGAGCUGAGAUCACCGUCGUUGUUGGCCAGAGGAUUUCAGGACUGAUGCUUGAUCCACCAAGGCAGUUCUUUACACCAGUGUAUCAAGCCGCAAUUUCCGUUCAGUCGAAUGGAAACUUUGCAACUGUGCCUUUGCCCUUUGAGGCAUCAGUGCAGCAGGGCUCAAAUGUUAGAUUCAUUUUUGAUUUUGGCGACGGCACUGGGACGAAGGAAGUUCCUGGCAACGUAAACCCUUUCUUUGGUGACAUCUCAGGCAGUGUGAAUCAUGCCUUCAGACAGGUUGGAAACUACUCUGUUUCUGUUGUUGCCAUCAACGAGUUGAACAACGUCAGCACGACACUGCCAAAUCCCUUCUUCGUCCAAGUUGCGCCGUUUGGCUUGUUGUUGGAGAGUGAAUUGUACUUAACACCGCAUGGGAAUGUGACCGAGCUUCACGCGACACUGGAGCGUGGGACAGCGGUAACUGUAGAUUGGGCCAUGGGGGACCAAACAGACUAUACUGAUGCUGGUUUGACUGUGCGGCACACGUACAGGGAGCGCGGGGACUACACAGUAACAGUUGUGGCCAGUAACAGGGUUGGGAGGCUGGAGGCCACUGCUGAUGUGAAAGUCCUGGGAAGGGUACAGGGUGUGGAGAUGAGCUUGGGUGGAUCCCUGUUCCCAGCCUACCAGGAUGUUACCUUCAAUGCUCUUACUGUCACCAACCAUGCCAGCUGGUACCGCUGGCACCUGGGCAAUGGGGAAACCAAGCUGACAUUCCGACCCACACUGGCUUAUCAGUAUGAGGAAAAUGGAAUAUUCACAGUUUACGUCACCGCUGGAAACGAGGUUAGCCAGGCGGUGUCUCCCCCAGUGGAGAUCGAGGUUCAGCUGCCGGUCGAGCUGCGUCUGAUCAGGUAUGACACGUCCACGGUCCUGGGCAAGCCGACAGACUUCACCGUCUACUGGGUGGGCAGCAACCAGAACUUCACCUGGGACUUUGGAGACAACAUCACCGUUGUCACACAGGAGGACACCAUGAGUCACACCUACAGCAGGCCUGGGGAGUACGUUGCCAAGGUUACUGUUACCAACGACGUGAGCUCGGACACGAGAGAGCUGCAGGUGUUUGUGGUGACAGAUAUGUGUAGUCCACCUGAUGUCAGCAUCCUCGGAGCACCUCGGAUACAGAACAACUACUCCAGGCGUCUACGAUUAGAGUCAUCUAUAUUCAUUUCCUGCAAUGCCACCCCCGUGGCCACAUUCCAAUGGACAGUCUCCAAUGCAACGGGACAUACCAUCCAGCUUGAUGGAGUGGAGCAGGGGGUGUUCCAAGAGAGAAUCCUGGUUUUGCCAAGCCACACUUUACCCUAUGGAAACUACACUUUUCACCUCAAGGUCCAAAUGAACGGCACUAUUGUGUAUUCCACCUCCUCUGUGAUGGUAUCUGUGACCCAGACUCCACUGCUGGCUGUGAUAGUUGGAGGAACAGCCAGGAAGGUCGGCCGUAACUCUACCCUGACGGUGGACGGAGGAAACUCCCUGGAUCCGGACUUCCCAGAUAGUCCUGGAUUGAGCUACAACUGGACCUGCUAUGUCCUGGGGAGCCCAGAUACGCCAUGUUUCCGCGUUCUGCGCACCGACAACUCCUCCGAGAUGAACACGUCCUUCCCGCUGGAGGUUGACGCUCCUGUAGUCACCUUCCACGGUAGACAGUUGCGGAUCAACAGUAACCUGUUUGUGGUGGAGCUUGUUGUGAGUAAGGACAGCAGAGAGGCAGUCACAAGUCAAGUGCUGAACGCAACUGCUACUGAAUACCCAAUAGAGCUACAGAUAGACUGCCCACAGUGCACAGCUGGAACAGUGAACAGUAACAACAAGUUGACGCUCCAUGCCGUGUGCUCAGAGUGUGACAACCUGCCUGACGUGGACUUCUUGUGGCAGUUGUUCAAAGUGUCUGAGGAAAACCACUUUGAUCCUGACACUCCCCUGGCUUGUGUGGCCCCUGAUGGUUCCAACUACCAGCCCAUCAUGGGUCCCAACGGUACUGCCACGCCUAGCAACGGUUCACAGGCCUCAACUGAAGCUGCGGAGGAAACAACCGUCAAAAUUACCGAGCCUCGAGUAACGGUCGUUCCUUUGGAUGAAAAUGGACGCGAUGGUAACUUUGCUCCUCUUCCUGGGGGCAGCUUCCCUGGCAGCGAUUCCUUUGAUCCCUUCGACUUUGAGAUCUCAGAGGGGGGCGGCGGGGAUUCCGACAGGGAUCAGGGGAUUGGCUGGCCAAGGGACCUGUUUCCCAUCGAGGAGGGGGAUUCUGGGACAGGCAACAACGGCAGGCCGACACUUGUGCCACCUCAGAGGCAAACAACACGGGCCACCACGACAUUGGCCACCACCCCUGGCAUCACACAAGCCCCUCCCCCACACAUCAACAAUGGGGACUUGAGUGGCAAUACAGAUCAGAACCCUGAGGAGGCGGAUGGAGGGGACCGGCCUGACUGGGUGGACCGGCCACCGGGGGGUAUAGACACUGGCAACUCUGGGGACUCGAGCGGUCAGUGUGUCCUCUGUCCUGGCGGCAGUGGCCAGAGUGGCGGGGAGGGAGAUGAUGGGGGCGAUGAGGUCAAAGAUGAGGCACUGGUGGAGGGUGCCGUCCAACAUGUUGUCAGCAAAUAUGAUCAUGCUCUCCCCUUGAUUGACAAGGCUACCACAGGUAUCCGAGGAAGGUCCCUAGUGAUAGCAGCCCAUACCCUGAUGGAGGGAAGGAUCUAUGCAGUUGCAGUGAGUGCACAAACCCUGGGCAUGACUCCACAGCGCACAGGGCUGGCCAGGGUGUACUUCACAGUGAAUGAGGGCCCCAGCCUCGGGAGGUGCACCAUCAGACCUGACACUGGUGUGGAGAUGGAGACUCUCUUCACUGUGUUCUGUCUGCAGUGGAAGGACAAUAAUGGACCUCUAGUGUAUGAGAUAGAGCAGAGUGUUGGAGACAAGGAUGGCGCUCGUCAUGUUUUGUACUCAGGGUUGAACUACGAUAACAUCUUCUACCUACCGGCAGGCAAUGAACAGGACGACUUCAAAGUGUACAUCCAUGUGUCCAUUAAGAACUCGCUGGGUGCAGUCACACAGGUGUGCUCCAUGCCUGUACGUGUGGAGCCCAAAAUCAACGUCAACAGCACACAGCUUCCAGAGGAGUUCCUUGACUCGACAGUUGUUGCCCCUGGAAACCAACUGUCAGCUUUCGUCUACAGCGGCAACAUGGCCGCUGCCCAACAGUUUGUCCAGAUUGCAGCAGCCAUAUUGAACCGUAGGGAAACCACCAACUUUGACUCGGACAUCAUGAUUUUGAGGCAAAACAUUCGCACCUCUCUUCUACGUGCUGUGGAGCGCUUCUCUGUCAGGGACCAGUCGGAAACCUUACAGACCAGCUCAGCCAUUGCCACAGUGACUGAGGCUUCGAAUGAGCUUGAGACAGAGGCUUUGGAAAUAUCCACAAAGCUGCUGGACAUCACCGCAGACCGGCUGACCACGUUUUCCCGCGACGGUCAGCAGCUGAGCCCCGCUCUCCUCUCCUCCGUGGUGAACAGCUCGUCCAACAUCAUCGCUGCUACCCUGGAGGAGGCAGUAACCACGGAGAUGGAGGCAGCCAAGAGGGACAUCGUGAAGACAACUGUGAAAGUAGUAGAGAAGGCACUCAAGGCCCAGAUGUUACAGCAGGCCCCAGGAGAGUACCCAGCUGUUCUCACCAGUCGCCUGGUAACCGCUACCACAGCAACCCAUCUCUCCGUCAACAACCUGCAGGUUACCACGGGCGACGGGCAGUUCCGUCUCCCGGGAAACCUGGACGAUAUCCUGAAGUCCAGCAAGUCUGGUCCUCCCCUAACAGACUGCUAUGGCACACACAUGCUGAAAUAUAAGAGGAACCCGUAUGCUUGGAGCAGCACUUCCACUAAGGUGUCCAGUGAAGUGGUUUCCUUGUCCCUGUCCACCUGUGAGGGGGAUGACCUGACUGUGAGCAGUCUGCCUGACACCAACCGCAUCACCAUGAGGAUCCCUCGUGCUUCGUCUUCUGAGGCUACGCCAGAGUUCACCCUUGACCGUGAGAACCAGCGUGUCCACAAGUUCAAUGUGAGCGUAGACAACCUGUCACAGUCGUUACACGUGUCUGUGAGACUACGGUCCAUAGGAGAUAGGAGCUUUCCUAUCAGAAUGUUACUCAGCCAUGAGGCUGAACCAACUCCCAACAAUGCCCGCUGGGAGAAGGUGUACCGGUACAGUACCCGAACUCUGACCAUGUUCCUGCCACCUAACUCUCUCAAUGAAACCGGCUUGUACUACAUCGGCCUACUAGACGCGGAGUUUGACAGGAAGCCGUACCGUAAGUACGCCGUGUCCGAGCGUACGUACACCUUCCGACUGUGGUGGGGAGAGUGCCUGUACUGGGACGAGACCAAUGACCUGUGGAGCGGGGAGGGGUGCGCGCCGCGGCAGGACAGCACCUACUACUCCACACACUGCAGCUGUAACCACCUUACUGCAUUCGGAGGGGGCUUCCAGGCCUCCAUGUCUGCCAACGACUUCUUUGAUCUGGCUCAGUUUGCAAGUCUCAAUGAGAACCCUGUGACCUUCAGCCUCAUCAUCACCAUAUUUGGCGUGUACCUGAUCCUGCUGUUCUGCUGUUACCGUGCCGACAAGCAUGAUGCUAAGAAGGAGGGACCAGUCCAGCUGCAGGACAACUCCCUGUCAGACCAGCAGUGGUAUGAGGUUACCGUGGAAACAGGCUUCAGGCCUGGUGCCUCCACAUCAGCAAAGGUUUGCCUGGUGAUUUAUGGCGAAGAUGGCACAUCAGAGACCAGGGAGCUGAGUUACCCCGACAGAGCCUUGUUUGAGAGAAACUCACGGGACAUCUUUAUUGUCAGUGUCCCAGACAACCUGGGUCCGCUGUGGAAAGUCCAGGUGUGGCACGACAACUCGGGCGCCUCCCCCAGCUGGUACCUGAGCCGCAUCAUCGUACGCGAUCUCCACUCCAACUACGCCUGGUACUUUCCCUGCGAACAGUGGCUCGCCGUGGAGUACGAGGACGGACAAGUCCAGAGAGAACUGACGCCUCUUGCUGAUGGCGCAGGUUUCAAGAAGCUUGCGUACUGCAAGGGUUGCCAGUACAUGACAGACUACCACCUGUGGCUGUCCAUCUACACCCGCCCCUCCUACAUCAAGUUCUCCCGGGUGCAGCGGCUCACUGUCUGCCUCAGCCUGCUCCUGUCCUACUGUUGCAUCAACGCCGCCUGGUAUCACCUCAUGGAAGUGCAGGACUCGGCAGAGCUGGGUUUGAUUGAUGUGUCGUUGCGCAGCAUCAUAGUCGGGGCCCUGACAGCUCUGGUUGUCCUUCCCAUACACCUGGGUAUCGUCUUUCUCUUCAGAAGGAGCAAAGUAAGAAGAGCCAGAAAGGUGCAAGCAGACAAGGAGUUUGCCUCAGGCAAGAGGCAGAGUUUCCUCUCUGACCAGGGCCCCCCCACUGAGUGGAGCCCGACUUUUUAUUCUGAUCAAGGUACGAUCGAGACGGUGAUGACGACAGACAGUGGGAUGAUACUGGACCAGCCUUACAUCAACUGGACAGCACUGCAGAAGUGGGCGCAGAAGACUUGGGAUAAGAAGUAUUCGGAUUCCAUACCAGGCAGCCCUGCCACCAGCCACGCAGGCAGCCAGGCCGACACGCAGGCCAGCAGCUCACACGACAGCCAACCGUGUCACUCGGAACACUCGGGCAGCCAGCAGUCAGUGCAGCUGCCACCCCAUCCAGGCUCGGGGUCCUCGGAGUGCUCCAGUGGGUUUGAGGACUACCACAGCCAGGACAAACACAAGCACCACGGUCUGGGGGGAUCACUGAGUACACACAGCAGCGACACAGGCAGUCUGCACACGGAGACUGCUACGGAAGUGACGAUCCAGGAGCCUCGUAAGAAGCUAAGGAAGAUUUUCUUGCCACCAUGGUGUCGCUACGUGGCCUGGGCAGCCUGUGUGGUCAUCGUCCUGCUCUCGGGGAUGGUCACUAUUCUGUAUGGCUUCAGGUUUGGAAAGACUCAGAGCAUCCGUUGGCUCCAGUCUCUGUUUUUCUCCCUGAUGCAAAGUAUCUUCUUAACACAGCCUCUUCUGGUCGCAGUUGUGACCCUGUACAUCUCCUGGAGAGAGCGCCACAACAACCGCGCGCUGGAUUACCGUGACAGCGACGACAGCAGCUACGACACCAUCAGCACCAUGUCGUCGGAGCUGCGCAGAAAGAUCCACGCUCCCAAACCCACCUCACGACUUGAGACAUACAGGGAUAGCAAUGAUCUAGAGAAGGGGAUCCAAGCCCGCCAGCGCUCGCGAUACCUGCGGUUCGCACGUCCGCCACAGGACACACAGCUACGGCCUGCUCAGGAGAAAAGCAAGCAGGAAAAGCUUCUGUCCGAGGGAAUCAGACAAGGCUGGCUGUACGGCACCCUGUUUGUGCUGAUGAUGCUGAUAGCCUACAGUAGGGUGUCGGGAGGGGCAUACUUACUGAACGAAACUGCCAGGAACAUCUUUGUCAGACCUACUGAAGGAUUUGGGUCCAUCAAGUCAGUCGACGAAUGGUGGAGAUGGAGCCAGGGUCACCUUCUGGACCACAUGUACUGGACCAGCUGGUACAACGGCCAGGCUAGCAGUAUACAGGGAGGAACCUUUGAUGGAGGGAGUGUGCUUCUGGGGGAGGUCACCCUCCGACAACUCAGGGUCACAGAGGAGACAUGCGUGGUCCCUCCCCAGUACAGUUCCCACCUCCCGCAGCUGUGCAGACCUGACUACACCUUCUCCAGCGGAGACACCCAGCCAUAUGGGAUGAACGAUUCCUGGGUGUACACUGCCGCUCGCAGCUCCAGACACUCCGGACACUUCUCAUACUACCAUGGAGGGGGAUAUGUGGUUGCUCUGAACAAGUCAAGGUCUGAAGCCCAGACACAGCUCUCAGAGCUGCACAGCCAACAGUGGAUAGAUGAGAAAACAAGAGGAGUGGCUGUGGAGUUUAGUUACUACAACCCUCCUACUAACAUGUUUGGUACUGUAUCCCUGUUGCUUGAGCUGCCAUCUCUGGGUGGUGCAUACACCCUGCCCCUGGUGUCAGCUGUCACCCUGUACCGCUAUGCAGGGACUUACAACUACUUCAUCAUGGCUUGUGAGCUCGUGAUGUUGGCUGUUGUGUUGUACACCAUCAAGAGUGAGUUGUGUGAAGCCAUGAAUGAGAAACGUGGGUGUUACUGUAACCCCUGGCACUGGCUACAGCUGUCUGUGAUCUUGGUCGCUGUUUCGUACUUCGGCUGUUGUGUGUACCGGUUCGUGAUCGCGUGGUCAGCGGUGGAUCGACUGUUGGUGACAUAUCAUGAGGUUUUCGUGGAUCUGUCACAUAUUGCUGAUAUGGACCAGGUUGUGUCGGCCCUGGCAGGCCUGAUGUUGCUGCUCCUCAUGCUGAAGAUGCUGCACCUGCUCCGGUUCUACAGCAUCUUUACCACGUUCAGCAUGGUCUUCAACAGGGCAUCAUGGGAGAUCUUCACCUUCAUGCUGUGGCUGUUGAGUCUACUGGUUGCGUUCAGCCACCUGGGGACGCUGCUGUUCGGCCAGUACAGCCCAAACUUCAGCACGUUCUGGCUGACCCUGCAGACGCUGUGCCACACAGCUGUCGGGCACCAGCAGCUGGACACGCUACGGGAGACGCACAGCUGGCAGCUGGGCCUGUACCUGGCUGCAUUCUUCGCUCUAGUCAUGGUUCUGUUGCUUGGACUGAUCAUUGGCAUCCUGACUUCAGCGUACAGGGUAGUGAAGAUUCGCUCCAAGACGGAGUCUCCGUCCAUCACCAUGGCGACCUACGUCUGGGAGAAGUUCCUGAUGUGGGCGGGGUUCAAGUCCCCACCCCAGGGGGAUGUGCCCAAGGGUCCCAAUGUGGUCCCCUCGGAGUACACAAUGGCAGAGUUUGAGUACCAGGUUGACGAGUUGUUCUUCCGUAUGAACGCCAUCUGUAGCCAGGAGGGCAUCCUGGACAAGCCGUGCUCGUGUUACGACAUUGACGUGUUCUAUGGGGUAGGGGACGAUGGCAUUUCUAGUGGUGGUUCCGAGAUCCGCCCGUAUGAGGACCAGCGGCUACAGGAACGCUGUGAGAAGAUUGAAGCCGGUAUGUACCAGACGGAACCGGAUAUGUCCACCCUGAUGCAGCAGAGAAAAGAGUCGGAUAACCCAGCCUUCUCAGCCAAGGAGAAACAGCUCAGAUCUCAGUUAGAACUCGAGAUAUUCCGCCAGUUGCAGCUACAGCGUCCGGAGCAAGUCGUGUCUGUCAGCUCUAGCCAGUGCCUGUCAGAAACCCUCCCUAGCAGCUACGGGGAUUCCCACCCUGACCUGCAGGCCAGCAAUGGGGAUUCCCAGUUCGACCUACAGGGGUCGUACACCAGUUCUCAGCUGCAGGAGGGCAGCCUGAGCGGUGACUCUGCGACCGCGCUACUGCGGCAGGAGCUGUACAGGCAGUACCCGGCAGCCAGGCUUCCGCAGCUCGACACCAAGAAGGGGAAAAUCAGCUUCCCUUGCCCGCUCGAGCCGCCAGGGGCAUUGCAGUUUGAAAGGGGUGUCAACCUCCAACAACUUUCCUCUCAGAGAACCCCUCCAAACUCCUCCACCAGCCGUAGACCCUUACCUAGGAGAACAUUCAGUGACAGUAGUGUGGAUGUAGACAGCACACAUACAACGUCCAGUAGUGCGAAUUCUCGCGAUCUACCUCAAAAACUACCGCCUUCAUCAAUAGUGACGGACAGCGAACCCACGGAGGCGCUCAGACCGGGCGACCUUUUUCCGCCCUUACCGGGAAACGUACCAGAAAGCUGCUCGGAGGAGUAUGAACUGGGAAGCUACACUUUACACUAUGUGGAAACAGAGGGGGAGAGAAAGGGACUGGUGAAGACUGGGCAUAUCCUGAGAAAAACCAGGACUAAGGGGAAGGGGAAAGGUAAGGGGAAGGGGAAGGGGCGCUCUGGGGGGAGGGACUAUGGACACUACAACGAGGGCUAUAGCUCCGACAAUGAGUCUGAGUUUGAAGAAGAAAGAUGGGAAGGGAAAAAGGCAGCCUGGUAGCACCCCUAUUGGCAAGUGAGACAAACUUGAUAUAUGUUAGGGAUCUGGCUUCUUAGGAUCAUUCCACAUAGACAGUAGGGGUGUUUUUAAGUCGCAUAAGUACUUAUUUUGAUAAAGUACUUGUAUUUGAUGUCAGUCUUGUAUCAAGUGUAGACUUGAGAAUCAUAUAUGCGAUUGGGAUUUCUGCAACUCAAGUCUGAAGUUGGAGGCAGCUACUGUGUGUGUCUGUGUGCCAUGUUGAAAUGUUUUGUACAGUCCAACUUGUGUCUUCGCUCUGUAAAUGUUGUUUUUGUAGUAACAUUUAAAAAUGCAGUCACAUUCCAUAGUUAUUAUAGAAAAAUAAGUUAUGUAUCUGAAUCAUAAAACUGUUUUGUAUUUUAAGUUGUUGCUGUUUUCUUUAGAAAGGUAUGUUUUAAUACUGCACACUUUUAGAAUUAUUUUUAUAGUUGUAGAACUGAGAUUAUUGAUAUGAAACAAACCAGUAACUGUUGUUUCAUGCUUACUGUGGAAACUGCCAGUUUUAUUUUGUUAAAAAUGUAUCCUUUUUGUAAAAUUUGAUGAUAUUGUUGAAGCUUACGUAGCAGUGUCUUUUUUAUCCCACUUUUAGAAAUGAUAUUGCAGUUAAUCUUUUUUAAAUCAGCCAUCUUGUAAUUGCAUGAUAACUUAUAUGUGUUUGUUAAAUUUACCUUUAUAAGAACAGAUUGUUGCGAUGUUAUGUAUAACUGAUGUUCAUAGGCUUGAUUUUACCAUAUUGGAUGCAAUAACAUAAUGUGUGUUACACUGAGUCAAUGGUAUUGUACAUAGUAACACCACUAGCCCCAAACUUCAGUUAUGAAGGUGGUAACAUUGCCAUGACAUUAUAUUUUGAUCUUCACGUAAUUUUUACUGGAAAAAAGUAUGAUUGUGACUCAAAUCCUAAACACACUCAACUUCCUUUCAUUUAUUUACUGUUUUUAUGUAGAGGGUACCAUGUAUUGUGUAGACUGUUCAUUAUACAGUGACGGUUACAUGUAUUUAUGCUAGCUUUGUGUCAGGAAAAGGCUACACUUUUCAGCCAAAAGUGAUGUAUGUACUUAAGUUUCCUCAGCACUUGAUGAAAUACCAGUAUUAUCAAAUUUUAAAGACCUUAUGAUGAUCAUGUUCUUGAUGAUAUCCUGUAUAUUUGUAUGAUGAGUGAAGUACAAGAAAUUAAAGAACUGAUAUGGGACAAUAUGUACGGGACAACGUAUACAGUACUAGAUAUGCAUGUGCAUAACUGCUUUGUCUAUUCAUAUGGCGACAUACUUAUAUGUUUUAUUUAUGAAAUACUGUUGAAUCGUUCAGGUUACCAUGUUCAGUUUUAAGUGGAUUGUUUAUCAUCUCAUAGCAUCAGCUGUAUGAGUAACAUCCUCUCUGGUACUGAUUUUCAUAUAGGAGCACAGAAAAAAGUUGUCCUAACUUUUCACUUAGUAGAGUGAAGAAACAGGGAAUUAUGUAAAUGUAUUAAUAAUUUUCAGAAUGAGAAUGUGUUUUCCAGCUCCAAUUGAAAUGCAUAUGAAUGGAUGUAAUUCAUAACAAUAACGUAAAAUGUUGUGAAGGAUAAAAACAUGCUAGUUCUAAACUCAGGUAGUGUGUGCUAUAUUCACAUUCCUGUUACUUUAUUCCUGCAUUUGCUUAUACCUUCAGUUUUCAGGUGUAAUACCUUAUUUUGUAAGGUAUUAUGUUAAUGAUUAUAAUGUAUAUUUUCAUACAUGUAAAUAAAUGUAAUCCGAAAUCAAUACAUAUUUU